AUGAUCUCGAGAUCCGCCGUCUCAAGAGCAGGCCAGCUGGCCCUCCGGCGGCAGCAGGCCUGCGUCCGGACACAGACCCGUGCCUUUGCUGCCGCCGCUUCCGGCCCCUCGGCCUUUGAGCCGACCGACAUCGCCGGCGUCAAAGUCCUGUCCAAGGAUGGCCAGGGCCCCUCCACAAAGCUCGCAGUCGUCGCCAAGGCCGGCACCCGGUACCAGUCUGCGCCCGGCCUGACCGCCGGCCUUGAGGGAUUUGCUUUCAAGAACACCUCGAAGCGCUCGGCUCUGCGGAUCACGCGCGAGAGCGAGCUUCUCGGCGGCCAAUUGACCGCAUACCACACUCGCGAAGCUGUCGUGCUCGAAGCCAGCUUCCUCCGCGAACACCUGCCGUACUUUACCGAGCUGCUCAGCGAGGUUGUCUCGCUGACCAAGUUUACCAGACACGAGCUGGAAGAGGACAUUGAGCCGGUUCUGCACAUCCAGCAGGAAAAGUACUCGGCCAACGCCCUCGCCCGCGCCGUCGACGGAGCCCACGAUGCUGCCUUCCACUCUGGACUCGGCCAGGCCCUCUACCAGAGCACCGCAACCCACGUCAGCGAGCACGAUGUCGCCGCCUUUGCCGACGUUGCCUACACCCGUCCCAACAUUGCCGUCGUGGCCGAUGGCGCCACUCAGACCGCCCUCGCCAAGUGGGUCGAGCCCUUCUUCAAGACGGUCCCGGCUGCACCCAAGAGCGCUGCCGCCUUGAGCACUGCCGCCUCCAAGUACUACGGUGGCCAGCUGCGCGCCGACUCCGCUGCCGGCAACGCCGUCGUCAUCGCCUUCUUUACCGCCGGUCUCAACGCUGCUGACCCCGCUGCCGCCGUGUUGGCCUCCCUGCUGGGCGGCAAGUCCAGCAUCAAGUGGGCUCCCGGCUUCUCUCUCUUGUCCAAGGCCACUACCGGCCUUGGAACCCAGGUCGUCGCCCAGAACCUGCUCUACUCCGACGCUGGCCUGUUCACCAUUCAGAUCAGCGGCGGCUCCGCUGCCACCGUCCGGAAAGCCGCCGAAGAGGCCGUCAAGGUCGUCAAGAGCGUUGCUGACGGCUCUGUCAGCAAGGAGGACCUCACCAAGGCUAUCGCCAAGACCAAGUUCGACGUCCUGACCGCGGGCGAGUCUGGCAGCGCUGCCUUGACUGCUGCUACCGCCGCCCUGUACGGCGCCAAGGCUGCUGACACCAAGGCCUUCGAGGCUGUCAGCGCUGACAAGCUCAAGACACUGGCAAAGACCUUCCUGGACGGAAAGGCGUCGUUUGCGGCUGUGGGUGACCUGCACGUCCUGCCGUAUGCUGAGGAUGUCGGCCUCAAGGUAUAA